AUGGACCGACUCCCCUUUGCAGUCGUGGCCUUCACGAAUUUGCUUAGCGUUGGGACAGUCUACGCCUUGUCUACUAUCCAAGCGGAAAUAUCACGUCUCUUCGGAGUAUCGAAUCAAUGGAGCCCUGCACCGUUUGCCGUCACAUGCGCAGGGUUAUCCCUUGGUGUCGUGAAAAGCGCAUCUACGAUCAAGAAAAGUGGUGCCUCGACAAUUGCGAGGAGAGGGACGAUUAUUUGGGGAGUCUCUGUCAUGGCUGCCGGAUACUCCCUGGCCUCCUUGAAUAUCCCAGCUCUUCUCUUUUCAUUCUUUAUCGGCGGCAUCGGCGUCGGUCUGACAUACCUCGCUGUCGCGAUUCUUCUCAACCAAAGAUUCCCCGACAACAAGCUGACUCGGAGCGCUCUCGGCCCUAUCGGUUUCUCGACUGGAGUGGCGGCUUGUUUGACUCUGGAUGAUAUCGCUUCAUUUAGUGGACUCAAUGAGGUGCAACUUGGUCAGAUACUAUCUAUUGGCGGCGUGACAUUCAUCGCCGUUUCAACAAUCGUUUCAUACAUGUUGCCAGGGAGCGCUGAGGAAGAGGCUCUCCUUACUCGCGAUACAGAUACCGAUACUAUCUCUUCGGAGAGAUUCUUCUCCAUAUUACUCUUUUUCAAUGCCUUGCCCGGAAUGACAGUAUUCGCCGCUCUGCUACCGAUUGCCUUCAGGUACGGGCAAAACUCCAGUUGGAACUGGAUGCAAAUCUUGGCUUGGAGUAUGGUCGCACUCGCUGGUGGAGGUAUUCUGGCACCAUUUAUAAGCGCAAAAUUUGGUGCACGGAAUACGUUUACUUCACUAUUCUGCUUACGAGGCAUGGUUCUUAUCAUGUUGUCUCAAUGUCGCGAGCCUCUCAUGGCAAUACUCGCCCUUUGUAUUGUUUUGUUUGGCCAUGGUGCCGGUUUUAGUAUUCUUCCAGGUUUGCUCAUGGCCCGCUGUGCUCAAAUCACCCAGUUUGCUUAUUGUUAUGGUCGGAUUUUGGUUGCUUGGGGGCUGGCUGGAAUUGUUGGGUGUGUUCUUGAUGCGAUGCUGGUUUCUGUGACCGGAGAUGCCACGUCUGUGAGCCUCGUACUUGGCUUGAUCACAUUGUCUUUUGGCGUGACUCUGUAUGUUGUUCCCCGAGUGGGUGCUAGUGUUCUCGCUUAG